CAAGGCCAGGCAAUAACAGAAAAAAGCAGAAGACUAGGUACUUCAGUAAACAAGGAGAACGUACACUACUUCAAUAACUCAUCAAUGUCCUGCAACGCACUCUGUCUCUUUCCCUGCCGCUUUCCUCCGUCCAUUUUCCGACAUGAAUUGACGUCUUCACCAUCCGGAAGGUCUAAGUUAACUGCAUUGUUUUCUAUUAAUCCAUCUAGGACUAGGACUAAGAGGUUAGCCCUCUGCACACACCACACUCCAACCUUGACGACGUCUUGGAUAACGGGAGCUAUGGAGGAUCAUGAUCAUCGUCAUCAACAUGUAGAGGACGAGCGGGUGAGCUUAAAACAUUUUAUUGAGCAAACUAAGGAUCUUGUCAGAUCGGACAGCAGUACAACUGCACCGUCACCUCACUGGUUCUCCCCUUUAGACUGCGGCCCCCCAUUGGACGAUUCCCCCCUGCUUCUCUUUUUGCCCGGAAUUGAUGGCACUGGACUUGGGCUUAUAAUGCAUCACAAGAAACUUGGAAAGAUUUUCGAGUUCUGGUGCUUGCAUAUCCCUCCUAAAGAUCGAACACCAUUUACAGACUUGGUGAAGCUAAUUGAGAGCACAAUUCGGUCAGAGCAUCAUCGCUCACCUAAUAGACCAAUAUAUCUUGUUGGAGAAUCGCUUGGAGCAUGCCUUGCACUAUCUGUGGCAGCCUUUAACCCUGACAUCGACCUUGUUUUAAUUUUAGCAAAUCCAGCAACAUUCUUCAGCAGGUCACAACUUCAACCCAUAUUACAUUUACUGCAGUUCAUGCCUCACUCACCCAAUCUUAGCUUUCUUCAUAUACUCAGUUCAAUGACUGGUGCAAUGAUGGCUAAUUUGGAGAAAGAAGUUGAAAGGCUAUCGCCAGAUCUUGUUGCACCAUCAAUAGCUUACCUAUCUGUUAUUGCUGACAUCUUACCCAUAGAAACGCUUGUGUGGAAGCUUCAAAUGAUUAAUUCAGCUUCAUCGUUUGCCAAUUCACGCCUCCAUGCUGUAAAAGCUCAAACCUUGAUACUUUCCAGUGGAAGGGAUCCAUUGCUACCUAGUCAAGAGGAAGGUCUACUAAGACUCCAACAGCUGCUUGCAAAUUGUGAGAUCUGUAGGUUUGAAGACUGCGGCCAUUUCCUCUUCUUGGAAGAUGCUUUUGAUUUGGUAACUGUCAUCAAGCAGGUUGGUGUCUAUCGUCGUUCAAAAGAACGAGAUUUUGUUUUAGAUUACAUACCACCAUCCCCUUCCGAAUUAAGAACUUUACGGGACAAUAACAGAUGGAUUAACAUCAUGAGCCCAGUGAUGCUUUCAACUUUAGCAGAUGAGACGAUAGUGAGGGGCUUUGCUGGGAUUCCAUCAGAGGGUCCUGUAUUGUAUGUCGGUUAUCACAUGUUACUGGGAUCUGAUAUCGCUCCAUUGGUAGCACAGUUGUGGGAACAAAAAGGCAUCCAUCUGCGAGGGAUUGCACAUCCAAUGAUGUUUAUGAAAUCGAAACAAGGAAAUUUAGUUGAGUUACCCUUUUCCGACUAUUUCAGACUGAUGGGUGCUGUUCCUGUCUCGGGAAAAAACUUUUUCAGGCUACUCUCUACAAAGUCUCAUAUCCUACUGUAUCCUGGUGGAAUUCGUGAGGCUCUUCACAGAAAGGGGGAAGCAUACAAGUUAUUCUGGCCAGAACGGUCAGAGUUUGUGAGGAUGGCAGCUAGAUUUGGAGCGAAAAUCGUACCUUUUGGUACAGUUGGAGAAGAUGAUUUUUUUGACAUAUUACUCGAUUAUGAAGACCAGAUGAAAAUUCCUUUCCUCAAGAAAUAUAUAGAUGCAUUAUCGGAUGAAGUUGGAAAGCUGAGGACUACCGUUGAUGGGGAGGUAGGAAACCAAGAUGUAUACUUCCCAGGAAUUCUACCAAAAUCUCCCGGCCGGUUUUAUUAUUAUUUUGGGAAAACAAUUGAAACAGACGGGAGGAAGCAGGAAUUACGAGACAGGGAGAAAGCUCAAGAGUUGUAUUUACAAGUGAAAUCAGAGGUUGAGAACUGCAUUGCUUAUUUGCAGGAAAAAAGAGAGAGUGAUCCUUACAGAAGCCUUGUGUCUCGGCUACUCUUCCAGGCCAGACAUGGCUUUACAUCUGAAGUUCCUGCAUUUGACCUCGAUUAAUGCAGUGCUCAUGUGUAUAUCAACGAAAUUGUUUAAUUUCCUUAAUCAUUGUUUUUGGCAA